UUGAGCACACCGCGAGAAUGGCUAUCCAGCAGUUGCAUCGAUGGCUGUUCCAUGCUGCUUCAACAUCUUUUCCCUAUCCCUGCCCAAUCUGUCGCUAUCUUUUCCACAUUUUUACCAAGCUUGGCAUUCUGUCCUGGGGCUAAUGAUGAUGCGUUGUGGCGCUUGGUUCAAAAUUCCCGUUACUGGGAGAAGACCAUAUGGUUAUUUCCUAUUCACCACAACAACCACUGGCUUUUAGGUAUCGUCAGGAUUCCAGCAAGAGUUAUAUCAGUGUUUGAUAGCUUUGGUGGUACAUCAUAUUGUGAGCUGUGGGCCAAGCUUCAUACCCUUGUGGUGAAGCUAGGCAAGUUGGCCCGUGCCAAUAACCAAAAUGCCCCAAUUGCUGACACUGGAUGGGAGGGAUAUCCUGCAACACUUUCAAAGCUCCAAACAAACUCUUAUGACUGUGGAGUAUGGGUUGUUGGAUGUAUUGUUGCAGUUCUUGAUGGUCAUACCACAUUGUAUGGGGAAGAGAGUCAGAUAGCAGGGUUUCGGUACUGGUUAUUCCUACAAGCAUCCACACUACCUACAUCACGUGCUUGA